AUGCCACAGAUAGAAUCUGUAACCGACACCAGCUCUGGGACCGCCUCUCCGCCUGCACCUCGCCCGACCAGCCUUGUGGCCUCGCGCCGCGACUCGCAUGUCUCGCUCCGCAACAAUGAGCGCUCUAUGCAGCGCUCCAGCCGCAUCACGCUUGACCGUCACUCGAAGGGCGAACUCGCUGCACUGCUAGCACUUGAGGAACGUGAGGCGAAGGGGCUGCGAAAGCUGCUGCUCAGCGCAUCCGAGCAAUUACGUCUGGAAACGCGUCGCGCGGACGAGAACGAGCUUCGCGCGCGGGAGGCCGCGAUGCGAUACCGGGAGAUCGAUGACGCGCGCAGGCGCGCACAGAAGGACGCCAACAAAGCGAACGAGGAGCUCAGGCUCUAUAAACUCCAACUCGAAGCCGCACAGAAGGAGAUACAUCGGGCGCAGAGCAUUCUAGACGAUCUUGAGCGCGACCGCAACCAAGCGGAAGCGAGUGCUGCCCGUGCCAGAAAUAGUGCUCGCCAGAUGAAAGAGAGCCUCCUGGUCGACCGCGCACGCGAAGAAGGUCGACGUCUUGGGAUCCAGGAAGCCUUGGCGGGCCGGGGCGUACCUGUGUCCAACGCACGUUCUCCAGCUGCGUACACAUAUUUGGAUGAAGUUCCCGGCUCUGGACGGCGCGCUCGUUACGACGAAGAAUAUGAGGAAAGUCUGUACAGUUCCACGCCGACGCCCCCGCCAGCACCCCCUCUUCAUCCAGAGCGAUCUCCUCCUCGUAUGGCGCCGCCGCCUCAACCUGCUCCACCCCCUCAGCCUCCCCCGCCUCCGGUCCAACAAGCCCCUCCGCCUGCUAGUGAUUUCCAUCCAGUCCCCAUUCAUAAUAUCCCACGCUCGCCAUCUAUGGUGGAUCGUGACAUCUACAUACCUCCGGAUGGCUUCAUACCGGUCGCCGGUGAAGACAUGUCCAUCCGCCUUCCUCCUCCUCACGAGAUGUCGCGCAUGGUAUCGCCUUCGGCUUCAAGUAUUGGCUUGCCAUCAAGUCCCAAACCUCCUCCAAGCCCGAACCCCGUGAUGGUACCAAAUCCUGCGAUGCGUUCCUACGCCGAAUCCGUGGACUCGCGACGUGACCGUGGUGAACGCGGCAGCCAUAGCGGCCACCGUAGACGGCGUAGCUCGCCUGACUCCAUAGCCUCGACGGCUACGUCGGCCUUCGAGCUCACGCGGCCACCGGACUCGCCACAACGUCCCACGGGACAACCUUACUCCUCCGUGAAUCGACGCAGCCUCAGUGUCAUACCUGAGAGCGUAAGUGAUGGCCAUGCUCCGUCUCGAAGAGGCGAUAGUGUUCGUGGUACCCCUCGUGCCCGAGAGUCUGCCGCGGAACUACCACACAUUCCCGAGGUACAUGUGGCCCCUCCUGGCGCCCCCGGGUACCAUGAGCCUGUAUACCGCAGGCCCAGCUAUGCCGACGAGACAGACCGAGAGAGUGAAGGUUCGAUGGCUCGCACGCCUGCGUCCGCACGUUCUGCACAAAGGAGCCUUCGUUCGGUGAUGAGCGGUUCUUCAGUCCCAGACAUCAACGUCGAACCUCCGUCGCGUCCCAACUCUCAAACGCCCGAGGGAACGCCUCCGGGUUCGAUUAUGGGCAACCUCCUAACCCCAGACGACGCGCACCGCAUCCAGACGCCGACUCAGCCGCCUCCAGACUUGCCUCCGGCUGUGCCACCUCAACCCGUUCAGACAAUCGUGCUUCCCGAGGGUGCAUCGCUCCCGUCGGGCUUCAUACCGAAUAACCCCAACUACGCUUCUCCCUCCCGCGGACCGCAAAACUUGCCUCCAGUCAUCCCGCCACAGAUGGGACAAUACGUACCCGCUCCGCCAUCUACUUCGACAUCGCACAAGUCCGGACGGUCUCACCGAGCCAGCGAGCCGACGACUCGCGCGUCUAGCGUUGUCAUGCCCGAUGCGAGUCUACUCAACAGAGCUCCGACCGUUGACUCGACUUCAGACACGGAUGACGCGCUAUCGUCCUCUAUGGCGAGCUCAGCCUCUGGGCUGUCCACUCCUCCGCCUCGGAAGCCCAAGAAGGCGAAACCGCCCAAGUCUCGUGGACCAGCGUACGAAGUGGCGCCUGAAGGUAGCGGGACCAUCUACCCGAGCUCUCCGCUUGCCCGCGCAGGUGGCAUUCCGCUCCCUCCGAGCACUAUGGGCGCUAGUACAGCCGCAACGAGCCCACGCACGAACCUAUCCUACCUCUCAGCUACCACGGAACCGACCAAUCUCAGCGGAAGCGCCGGCGUGACGCCCGUAGCGCGUCCUGCGAAUCUAGGCGGAGGCGCCGGCGGCAAGAAGAAAAAGAAGCGGUAG